AUCCGGAAUCAUGUCUUGUAUGAGACCGGUCAACGCGUUGUAACAUGAAAACAGUAUGAUGCACAUACGACUCAAGUUUGGCCAGGGACUGAACUUUGCAGCUCUGGGGCUGCAAAGCGGUGAAGAGUGGACGUUCCAUGUGGCACAGGAUACCUCAAUUGAGGACCUUAAGAUUGUGUUGUUACAGCUGUGCGGUAAUAAUCUGAGCUUUGGUCAGCUGCGCCUGCGGAGAAAUGGCAGCCCAGAGGAGCUCGCGGAGUACAUUGGUGCUGAGAAGCCUUGCACCUCGACAUACCGACCGCGACCAUGCACUCUUGCACAUCAUGGGAUCGUUAACGGAAGCAUUCUGGAAGUUGAUAUACUGCUGGGCCAACCUUGGUGUCGGCUUCUAUGUAAUCAGCAUAAAGCUAACAGCAUGGCAUUCUGGUCCCCGCAAGGUGGCCGGCAAGAUAUAGAUGGCAGCCAUGAAAGCGACGAUGAAGUCGUGAUCCUCGACUCGGGAGCGCCUACCAAGCAUCGGAGGGUCAGCGUCGCAGAGCACAACCACGAUGCCAUAGAUUUGUCCUCCGGUCAAGAUAACCAGGUUCCACGGCAACCGGUAGGGGCGCCUUCGCAUCGACAACGUCGCACGGUUCCUCAGGUAUCCGACGCAUUAGAUGACAGUGAUGUCGAGAUCCAGGAGCCACCAAACGUUGCGGCAAGGCCUCGACGCGUGGCACCAGUCCAACGGAACCAUCCAGCACAGGGUAUUCAGGAAGAACAACAGCAGCAGCAGCAACGGCAGCUGUCCGUACCACAGGCGGCACCGGCCCUUACAGGGCAGCAGCCGCAGCAAGCACCGGCGCCUCAGGCGACGCGGCUGCCCCUUCCACAAACGAUGCAAAGGGAGCUGCGGCCAACGGCUCAGUCACAGCAAGGAGACCCAGGACGGGAGCAGCCGCAAGGGUUACAGGGCCGGGGGCAGGAACCUUCAGAACGUCAGCAGGGCCGGAUAUCGCAGCGGGAGCAGGGCCGCUCAAAUGGGCUGACGGAGCUGCAGCCGGGUGCUGGGGACCAUCAGCCUCUGUCCCCGCCUGGACUAGAGCAGGAGAAUCAGCCGCCACAUGAGCCGGAGCCGCGGCCAUCACAGCUGCCCACGGUGGAGCGACAACCGCAGCAGCAAGGGCAGGUGAUCCAGGAACCACAGAUGGAUGCGAUGAAGCAGCAGCAGCAAAUAGACCCUGAGCAGCGGUGGCAGGGGAUGCCUCCGCGGCAGCAGCAGCCUCAGCGGCAGCCGCUGCCAACAGUUGUUGUUGGACAGGCGAGGGGUGCGCAACGGCAGCAGCCUGGGACUGCUGCCGGCACAGGUGCCUAUGGAGGCGGGGACGCUGCUGAGCAGAGAGAUGAUGAGAGACCGGCCAGCCCAUCUGCGCACAGGACUAUAACAGGGCCCUCAAAGCAUUGGACAGUUGUAGAGACCCAAGCUCUGGCGGACGCUAUGGAAGAGCACGGCAAGCGCUGGGCCGUCAUUGAGCGGGAAACCAAGCUGCGCGACCAGAAGACGCUACGCUAUAGGUGGCGCAACCUGGUGUCAGCGUGCAAGACAGGAUGGGUGGGCACGCGUGGCACACAGCUGCCGAAGAGCCUUCGGGACCAGAUCACGGACUUAUACAAUCGCCUUGGUGCUUGAGAGGCAGCACCAGUGACGGGUUGGAUGCAGGUGUUGGGGAUGUAAUAUCUGGCCCUGUUACAGCAACCUGGGACGGGUACAAUGGGCAGGACCCCUGUGCAUUGUGUUGAAAGUCCACGUCGAGGAUCUCCUUGUGGAUGUGUACAUAGCGCUUACAGUACCGAAACCCAUAAACAAAGCCGUCCUCACAUGGUCCUAGGUUUACGUUCGAAUGCACAACUUAGGAGCAAGCAGCUACUGGGAAGGGUUUUACCAUCUCCCCAAGUAGCAGCAUCUCCCCAAGUAGCAUCCGUGCCUCACCGGCCUAUAUUGCCUGUAGUGGUGACGAAGGCUACAAAAUGCUUCUGUAAGCCUUUGCCAGGUUU